AUCAUUCAAGCAAGAGUUUAAAAGACAACGUGCUCUUGCCGCAGGAGUCUUUCCGGCUAAAAAGUGUCACAAUGGACAGUGCCUUUGACAAGCUGGACGCUGCUGGUUUCUUGGAAAUCUGGCAGCACUUUGAUGCAGAUGACAACGGCUACAUUGAGGGCAAGGAGCUGGAUGAGUUUUUCCGUCACAUGAUGAAGAGACUAGGACCAAAGGAGAAAGUGACUGAAGAGCGGGUCCAGAGGCUGAAGCAGAGGUUCAUGUCCGCCUACGACGUCUCCGCUGACGGCAAACUGCAGAUCCAGGAGUUGGCUCACAUGAUCCUCCCUGAGACGGAGAACUUCCUGUUGAUCUUCCACAGGGAAGCUUCCCUUGACAACAGUGUCGACUUCAUGCAGACCUGGAGGAAAUAUGACGUGGACUGCAGCGGCUACAUUUCAGCUCAGGAACUGAAGGUAACAAACAAAAGCUCAAACAAAAACCGACGCCAAGCAGAAACGGAUUUCUUUGGGAAGGGGGAUUGAUAUGUUAUGACAAUGUUUUCUUCAAAUAGGAUCUUGGCUUUAGAAGAGAAUUUUCUGCUGCAGUUCCAGUUGGACGCCGGCAGCCAAGCGGAGAGGAAGCGAGAUUUUGAGAAGAUUUUUGAUCAUUAUGACAUAAGCAAGACAGGAGCAUUGGAGGGCGCCGAGGUGGAUGGCUUUGUUAAAGAUAUGAUGGAACUGGUCAGGCCCAACCUCACAGGUCCCGAUCUAAACAAGCUACGAGCCAUUUUGUUGCGUCACUGUGAUGUCAACAAGGAUGGGAAGAUUCAGAAAAACGAGCUCUCGCUGUGCCUGGGGGUGAAGCACGCGCCUUAGCUGCAACGCUGGAGCUUUGUGUUGUCAUGUUAGAUUUUCAAAGCAUGAAUGUCAUCUAUGUGAAGCAGAGAAUGAUCAUGUGGUUCAUGUGGAAACUUGGUCAAACAUUGAAGGGUCUCUUUUACGUAAUAACGAUAAA